ACAGGAGUUAUAUUAUCUUAAAAACAAUAUCAAAUUGACAAAAAAAAUAUUGGUAUGUCAUAUUAUCGUAAACGAUAUUAUAUUAUUGUAUCAUUAAAAAUGCGACUUGGAAAUUUUAUAUGUAGCAUACGUGACGUUAUCUAUACACUUUCAAUAUCUUCAUAGUACACUUCGGAACGUUCCAUUGGAAACAGGUCUAAAACACGAAAUGAAAAUGACUGCUUUACGCGUGCGCCAGAAGGCACCUACAAGAUCAAAACAUUCUAGCACUGUACAUACUUAAAAGGUGUGACUGUUUCUCUGGAUUACACGUUGUGGUUACUUGUCUUUAGAUUGCCGAAUAUUUUGGCGUAUAAUAUAAUAAAGAGACCAGGCAGAAAUCAUGGAACCUGAAACAAGAAAUCAAGAUCAUAUCGCCUAUAACAACUUCUUCUACGCUACCAUGUGUCACGUUUGCAAACGGUUUGGCGACGACGUUCCUUUAACGAGGUGCAGUGGCUGCAAGUUGAUCUCCUACUGUAGUCCGGAGCAUCAUCAGCAACACUGGGAGCAACACAAAUCGUUAUGCAACGCCGUACAGGACGUGAUGCCAACCUGCAGCAUGGAAAACCGUGGUUCAACUUUCUUGGAGAGGGCACAGACGAAGCUCACUGUUGUACAGCUAGUGGAAACGAAGCUGGGACGGAGACUGUUGGGCUACGAGGAACAAAUGUUUGUAUAUCCAAAGGAAUGCGUCAUCUGCAAUGAACUGGACGGUCAGUCGCUGAAGGACUGUCGAGAUUGCGCUGCCAGCCACUGUAAAGAUCACAUAAACGGUACUGAGCAUAAGGAUAUCUGCGGGCCGCUGGGUCUAUGUUAUCGUUUACAUGUAUCACAUUCAAGCGUGAGCAAAAAACUAGAGGUGCGAUUUUGUGCACAUACUGCGAAAUCGGAUACGUGUCAAGACAUGCACGAGUUUAUAGCCACUUACGUGGAUCUUACCGUUCACCAGGAAGUAUCGUCCGAUUUAUUGAAGCUCGAGUACUCGCAGUAUCUCUUUCGUCCCUUAACGUUGUUUCAUGCUAUGCGAAUAUUAAAAUAUGUCCCAGAACGCCAAGAUUUAAUCAUUCAUGUUGUAAACUCGACUCAGUUAGAUGUGGCCCACUUCACAGGAUGGAAUAUGUUAAUCAUGCUGAAGUUGAUAGAGGUAACAUCACUGAAGAUUAUAAUGAUAGGGGCAGAUAUCGAAUGUAGAUUCCACGCGUUACUCGAGUCUGAGCAGCAAAAGAAAGAAUGUUCGUUUGAGUUUCACAAUAUGUCGUACGUGAGCUACGUAGGCAGCUCGUCGUUCGUGAAACCGGACCUGGUGGUAGGAUUUGACUCAGGCGUUGAAAUGAAUACACGUGUAUCAAGUGAGGAAACGUGGAUACAGCUGAUAGCGAAACAAAAUUGUCCGUUCGUUUUAACGAGUUAUACGCAGAAAGAUUUAGAGACCGAGAUAGAAAUAAUAAACACCAUUCUGGAUAGAAAGGUGAAAUAUCACUAUAAUGGAGAGAAUCCAUUUGCUAGUUUCAGGCCGUAUAGAGCUCCCAGUCCGAAAGUGGUUUAUUCGGGUCGAUGUCUAGUUGUGUACAAGAGUCUCUGUACGUAA